CCUCCUCCUCCUCCUCCUUCCUCCCUCACAUCUCCUCGCUAUUGACUCUUCCUCCUGCAUCAUACAGGAGAGACCCCGUGGAGCGGAUCUUUAGCUUCUAUAAAGACAAGAUGCAUGUCGGCUCCUCAGGAGAUGCUCGCAGGGAUUUAUAGCGCCCAUCUUCACGUCUCCUCCUCAUCCUCAUCCUCAUCACGUCUUCACCCGCAACACUUGCACGCGCAGGACAACAACAACAACAAUAACAACAACAACAACAAACGAGGAGCAGUUUGUGUUGCUGGUUUUAAAUGACGCAGCAUUGUCGCAAAUUCGAUCAUUGCAAAGAGCGAUUGAAGAGAGAAGUUGUGUACUUUUGCACACACCCACACACGCGUGGAAGUGCGUGGAGGACAUGGCUGCACUGACGAUACAAAGGACCGACAACUUUUUGCACACCUUUUUGCAGGACCGCACCCCGAGCUCCUCUCCAGAGGGUCCCCCCAACGCCCUGUCCUUCCUGGCCACCACGUGCAGCCAGGCCUGGCAGGUGGGCAGCGCCAUGGGCUCCGAGGGCUCCCAGUUCCCCUACGAGGGUACCGUCAGUUCCACGUCAGGGAUGUUCCAGCUGUGGAGCAAUGAAAUGGCGCCCAGCACGGCCCUCAGCGCGCACCAAAUGACUUUCACCGUGCCCAAGGUGCAGUUCCCUCACGGACACGUGCAGUCCGGCCUGGGUCACCACCACCACCAUCAUCACCAUCACGCCCAUCACCACCAUGAGCUGCCUCUCACCCCGCCGGCCGAGCCCGCCUCGUCAUACUCAUUUGAUCUCUCCCCAGUUAAGGUGUUGGCCUCUCAGCCGCAGACCAACGCCUCCUACUACCCUCAACACAACAGCGUAGGACAAAACUUCCCCAGCUUCCUGCAGAACUCCUCAGCCAGGCAUCACCUGCCCGGAGGCCACGGGGAGGAAGGGCAGCAAUGGUGGAGCCUUCCUCAAACCAACGCCACUCCUUCCAACCACGCCUUCGCUUUGGGCAGACAGCUGGUGUUGGGCCACCAGCCUCAGAUCGCUGCUCUCCUGCAGGGGACCUCCAAGGGCCUCCUCAGCUCCACACGCCGCUGCAGGCGCUGCAAGUGCCCCAACUGCCAAGCUAACGGCGGAGGGUUAGAGUUCGGCAAGAAGAGACUGCACAUCUGCCAUAUUCCGGAGUGCGGCAAGGUGUACAAGAAGACCUCGCACCUGAAGGCUCACCUGCGCUGGCACGCCGGCGAGAGGCCCUUCAUCUGCAACUGGCUCUUCUGCGGGAAAAGCUUCACCCGAUCGGAUGAGCUCCAGCGGCACCUGCGCACGCACACCGGGGAGAAGCGAUUUGGGUGCCAGCAGUGCGGCAAGAGGUUCAUGAGGAGCGACCAUCUCUCCAAACACGUCAAGACCCACCAGACCAGGAAGAGCCGGUCCGGGCAGCCUUUGCAGGGCGCAGACCCUCUGCUCGCCAACAUCAAGCGAGAGUAAUCCUUCCAAAAACGGAACUUUUGCAAUGUGGGGUCAACAUGCAAGCUUAUUUUAGGGGUGGUCAUGAAUAAAGUCAAUUCAAAUCAGAUUUGAAAAAGUGUGUUCUCAAUCAGAAUUCAUGUGAAACUGAAUGUUUGUUAAAUAUUCCAAUGCCUCAGUGCAGGGCUGUUCAACUGGCGGCCCAAGUCAGUUCAAAACUUGUGACUUUUUUGCAGCAAACUCCUAAAAACGGUACGAUUUCCUGGUGUAGAAAAAGAACUGGGACCACUGUAAGCACAUUGGCAGAUCCUUACAUUGGCAUUUUAACCUUGCAAGCCAACAUAGAACACAGGGGUCCAAACUUGUGACUUACAUACCUGAGGCGUUCCUCAAAGAACCCCUUUAAGUCCUCUCCCUUUUGGCUCUUAAAUUUUCUUUUUGUAAUGUAAUUUAUGUAACUAAGGUGUCAAUAGUCAACUUCUUUAGUUGGACUAGUGGUGUUCCACAAGGUUCCAUUUUAGGUCCUCUCUUUUCCAUGAUUUGGGCUAUUCAACUGGUAACCUGCUAGUUCAGUUCUAAAUACUUGUGAGAGACUCAGCAGAGCACUCUUUCUCUGCCAAAAUAAAUAGAGCACAAUCAAAUGUCCACUUUGGAGGACGCCGGUUCUCCGGAAUAUACGAAAUAAAAAUAAUAGUGAAGGGAGAAGUCUGCCCCCC